UACGCAUCUUCACCUUCUCUCACCCACCACUACCCUCGGCGUUGUUCGUGUCUUACACAACUGCAAAAGCAACGAAGCCUUGCGUUUUAUUGUUUUCUCUUUUUAUACUUUCCUUUAUGGAAGAGAUUAACAACAGAAAGCGAGUCAGGGAUGAAGCGGACGAGUCGCAGGUUGACUCGCCCGAGGUGAAGCGAGUCAGAGACGAUUUGUUAGGUGUACUUGACGAAUCCGAUCCUGACCCGGCCAUCCAGGACCUGGACUCGGUCAUGAAGAGUUUCGAGGAAGAAAUAUCCGCUUUGUCGUCAUCGCCGGUACCCGUCGUCGAUCUAACUUCAGAUUCCGGUGAGUCUCAGCCGGAUCUUGGGUAUCUUCUAGAAGCUACCGACGACGAGCUUGGGUUGCCUCCCACGUUUACUUCUGGCGAGGAAUUUAAGAAUGAAGUGAUUGAGUUGGUCCGAGCUUCGUCUGACUCGUCUGGAAUCGACGAGUUCUGGGGGUUCGAUGACCAGAUCCCGAGUUAUGAAUCGUUUAUGUUGGGAGUCAGUGAAAGUCUAAACCAGGAGUACGUAGCCCUUGAUGGGUUGUUUGACCAUUCGGAUCUUUCCUACCCGUCGGAAUAUGUGGAAUUUUCGUGACGGCACCGUAUGCUUAAAAAAUGGGACGCCCCUGGUUAGGUGAACGGAACGAUGGCGUAUUGUAAAUUCCUCUUUUUUAUUAUAAUUUUUUAAAAGAACUAUAUACGUGUAGGACUUUAGAGCUAAAUAUGAAAAAUGUAACAAAAUGGUUCAAUUUUAUGACGGAUCAAGUGCCAACUAUUCUUCCAAAUUAUGUAACAAUAUUUGGUUUUCGGGUGAAUUUUUAAUGGUAAUCUCAAUAUUUUAAUUUUA